ACUGAAUUCAUGGAGCAGCUCGCCGCCGGGUACUCCAUGUGGUUCUUCUUGGCGGCUCUCCUGCUCCCCCUCGUACUCUUGAAGCUCAAGAAGCGUGACAACAAUGGCCUGAGGUUGCCGCCAGGUCCGUGGCAGCUGCCGGUCAUCGGCAGCCUCCACCACCUCCUCCUCCGCAGCCCGCUCGCCCACCGCGCCAUGGCCGAGAUCGCGCGCCAGCUCAACAACGCGCCCCUCAUCUACCUAAGGCUCGGUGAGGUCCCCGUGGUGGUGGCGUCAUCGCCGGAAGCCGCUCGGGAGCUCAUGAAGACGCAGGACGUGAACUUCGCCACGCGGCCAUGGAGCCCCACCAUCAAAGCCAUGAAGGCCGACGGGGAAGGGCUGGUGUUCGCGCGCUACGGUGCCCUGUGGCGGCAGCUCCGCAGGAUCAGCGUCGUGGAGCUGCUCAGCGCCCGCCGCGUCCAGUCGUUCCGGCGCGUCCGGGAGGAGGAGGUCGCCCGCCUCGUGUCCGCCGUCGCGGCGUCGGCGUCGGCGUCCGGCGAGGCUGUCGUCGUCAACGUCAGCGAGCGGAUCGCCGUGCUCGUCGCGGACUCGGCGGUCCGCGCCAUGAUCGGCGACCGGUUCGACAGGCGGGAGGAGUUCCUGGAGAACCUCGCGGAGGCGCUCAAGAUCACGGCGGGCUUCGGCCUCGGUGACCUGUUCCCGUCCUCGAGGCUCGCGCGCUUGGUUGCUGGCGCGACGCGUCGCCGGGCGGUGGCGAACCACCGCAAGCAGUUCGAGCUGAUGGACCGUGCCAUCAGACAGCACGAGGAGCGGAGGGCAGCCAUGGCCGCCGCGGCUGCAGAUGGCGCCGGCGCCGGCGCCGUGCAUGAUGAGGACCUAUUGGACGUGCUCCUGCGGAUUCAGAGAGAUGGUGGCCUCGACGUGCCUCUCACCAUGGGGCUCAUCAAGGCUGUCAUCCUUGACCUUUUUGGUGCCGGGAGCGAGACAUCGGCGAACACACUGCAAUGGGCCAUGUCAGAGCUCGUCAGGAACCCUAGAGUGAUGCAGAAGGCACAAGCCGAGGUGCGUGGCCACCUGCAAGGAAAGCCAACCGUGGCCGAACACGACAUAGCCGACCUGAACUACAUCAAGCUCGUCAUCAAAGAGACCCUAAGGAUGCAUCCAGUGGUGCCAUUGCUUCUGCCAAGAGAGUGCCGAGAGUCAUGCAAGGUGAUGGGGUACGACAUACCCAAAGGAACCACGGUGUUUGUGAACGUCUGGGCGAUCAGCAGGGAUCCCAGGCACUGGGAGGACGCCGAGACGUUCAAGCCGGAGAGGUUUGAGGAUGCUGGCACCGCCGUUGAUUUCAAGGGCGCCGACUUCGAAUUCACGCCGUUCGGAGCAGGUCGCAGGAUGUGCCCCGGCAUGGCGUUCGCGCAGGCCAGCAUGGAGCUGGUGCUGGCGGCGAUGCUGUACCACUUCGACUGGGAUCUCCCGCCAGCAGGCGGUGGGCAAUUGCCGAGUGAAGUGGACAUGACGGAGGAGAUGGGGAUCACCAUCCGAAGGAAGCAUGAUCUUUACCUGCGCCCAGUUGUUCGUGUUGUUCCUCCGCGCGCCAGCCUAGCUACUUACUAG